UUUCGUUUUGACAGUGACAGUUUGUGAGUGGAGGUCUUGAGAGUGGUGUCGAUGUUGUUUCGAUCUCUGCUAUUAUUUCGUUGGCCGCCAUUUUGCAUUGCUUAAACGUUUUGCGUCGCUACAUAUUUUUUAACUACAAAACUUAAAUAGAAAUAAACUGUGAUAAUUAGUUAGUUAAGUGUAGUUUAGUGUUAUCUAUAGACUCCUUAUAAGUGUAAUCUUUAGUUAAACAAUGGGUAGGAAAAAGAAGAAGGCAUCAAAACCAUGGUGCUGGUAUUGUAAUAGGGAAUUCGACGAUGAGAAGAUUCUGAUUCAGCAUCAAAAGGCAAAGCAUUUUAAAUGUCACAUAUGUCACAAGAAAUUGUACACGGGACCCGGACUGUCAAUACACUGCAUGCAGGUUCACAAAGAAGCCAUAGAUAAAGUUCCAAAUUCAUUACCAAAUAGGUCAAAUAUAGAAGUAGAAAUAUAUGGAAUGGAAGGUAUACCGCCUGAAGAUGUGAAGGAGCAUGAGAAACAAAAGACAGGUGGGGGGAAAGGUUCUGACAGUGAAGAUGAUGAACCUGCAGCAAAGAAAAAAGCAACUCCUGCACUGGGUAAAGUGAAACCACUGGGUCCCGGGCCAUCAUCAGUGACACAAGGUAUCCUGCCUACCCCCAUGGGCCACGUUCCACCUGGGAUGUAUCACCCGCACAUGCAAAUGAAUAUGAUGCCACAUUUUAUGCAGGCACCUAGUUUCUUUCACAGAAUGAUGAUGCCUGGCAUGAGACCUCUAUUCCCCGCUGUGAGUGUUCCAGUUUCAACACCAAGCAAACCCACUUUCCCUGCAUACAGUAAUGCAACAAUAAGUGCACCUCCAACUACAUCAUCUGCCUCAGGGUCAGACCCUAAAGAGAAUGGUGAAGUUAAACCACCGGCUGCAAACUCAUGUCCUCUUGUAACAGCGACCGGUGCAGGAUCAAAGAUCAUUCAUCCUCCCGAGGAUGUUUCCUUAGAAGAAAUAAGAGCGCGGAAUAUUAAAUACCGCCCUAAACCUAAACCAGAAUUACAGAUGACACAAACAGCACCUACUAUGAUCACACCCAGUACAAGUCAGGCUGAGGUGGCGGCGCACAUGUCGGCGGCGGUGGCGGCGGCGCGCCAGCAGCAGGCGGCGGCCAUGCGGCGGCCCAUGAUGCAGCCCGUGGUGCUGCCGCAGCCCGUGCGCGUGGGCGUGCCCGUGUCCGUGCCGCCGGUCAUGGGCAUGCUGCCCGUCAUGCCGCAGUUCAACCUCAUGCGCCCGCUGCAGCCCGGCAUGCUGCUGCCGGGCGGCGUGAUGCCGGUGGGCGUGUUCCCGGGCGUGGUGAUGCCGCGCUACCGGUAGCUGCAGGUAAGAGGCGGCGGCCCCCUGCGCUGCAGGCGACGCGGUCACAACGUGCGUUGUUGGACGCCGCCGCCGACUGACUUUCGUUCCGACGUGUGUGUGGCGUAGCGUGAUGUGGCGAGUGCCGACGACGUGUCCGUGUAUAUUGAUUGCCUUGAAGUUUUUUUUCUUAAGCGUUUCCACGUGAAGUCGUGACGUUGCCUAUUCUUGUAGAAUUUUGACCGUUUUACUCAAUAAAUGCUCUCGAUUUGAA